AUGGCGGAACACAAGAAAGAGUUGGAGAAGAAAACUAAAUCAAUUCUAGAUACAUUGAGAAGUUACCAGGACAUGCCUCCUGAUAAAGCAUUGGCUUCCCUUGCAAUCGAGGACAAGAGAAGACAGUUUGCUGCUGCAGAGAAGUAUCUGGAGGAGUCUCCUGUUCCUCGCGGUCUCCAUGCACUAAAUCCCCAAGUUGAUGCAAUCUAUCAGUUUGGAGAUUCGAUUUCGGACACGGGUAAUUUGAUUCGUGAGGAUCCAAUUGGAUCACAUUCAGCCUUUGCACGACUUCCUUAUGGACAAAACUUUUUCCAUAAACCAACUGGUCGUUGCUCUAAUGGACUUCUCAUGAUCGAUUUUAUCGAUAUUUUGUUCUUUUCAUGUAUUUCAGCUGAAUACUUCAAGCUGCCCUUUUUGGAAGCAUAUCUUAAUAAAGCUGGCAACUUCAAACAUGGAGUAAACUUCGCCGUUGCAGGAUCCACAACUCUUACCACAUCAACAUUAGCUGCUAAGAACAUAUUAUCUCCUGUCACAAACAGUUCACUACCUGUUCAAUUGGGCUGGUUUAAGUCUCACCUUCAGUCACUUUGUAAGCAUUCUUCAGACUGUAAACACAAGCUCGCGAACGCCCUUUUCAUCAUCGAAACAGGUGGUAAUGACUUCAACUAUGCUUUCUUCCAACAAAAAUCACUCCAAGAUGUUCAACAAAUGGUAGAUGAAGUUAUUCAAGGCAUCACAAGUGCUGUACAGGAAGUAAUUAGUUCAGGUGCAACUGUUGUGAUUCCUGGUAACUUCCCAAUUGGUUGUAUGCCUAUCUAUCUCAACGCCUUCCAAACGAAUGACUUAAAUAUGUACGAUGAGCUUCACUGUCUUAAGGAUUGAACGAAUUCGCGACGUUUCAAAAUGAUCACUUACAAGAAAGCUAUUAGGAAGCUUCAAGAGCAGCAUCCAAAGGUUGCUAUUGUUUUAGCUGACUAUUACAAUGCCUUGAGGGAACUCCUUAAAUAUGCAGCUUCACUCGGAUUCAAGAAGGAUGAAGUGCAAAAGACAUGCUGUGGGAUUGGCAACAAUGAAUACAACUUUAACAUGACAAGCAUGUGUGGAUACAAUGGAGUUCCUGUUUGCAAGCAUCCCUAUGAGCGCGUCAGUUGGGAUGGAGUUCACAUGACUCAGCACGCAUAUAAACUCAUGGCAAGAUGGUUACUGAAGAAGAAUAUCAUCCAUGGCAUCUAAACUCGAAUUUAAACGUCUUUUUCAUAUAAUAUUAGUCUAGAAUUUUUCAGAAUUUAUGAUGUAUAGUUUUAGUAGCUUUGUAAUAAUAUCGUUCCCGUGAUCUUGAAUCUUGAUGUAUAUAUUAGAAUUUGAUUAGCUUAUAUUCAAUUAUAUUUCCUUGUCUAUAUCCUCCUUUAAUAUGGUUUGAUUUUGUUACUAACCUGCUGAACAUAAGAAACACUGAGUAAAUUAACAGGUGAGUAUUAAUAUG